UAGACUAUACAAAGAAAGCCGUCAAUGUCAAAAUGACGUCCAAUGAAAUCCGACCGCGCAAAUUACGGAUUUCGUAUCGAUUUUCACUGCCGUAAAUAUUAGAACUUGACCUGCUAUAGCAUUCCAAGUUCCUUUACUACCCUCGCCUCGAUGUCAACACAAUCGAAAACAAAAGCUAUGCCUCUAUUAGACUUGAAAAUGUACGUGCGAGUGGUGGCGGCGGUGUUCUCUAUUUCGUCUUCGACCGCGUUUGUGAUGGCUCUGCUUCGGUUAUUGAAGCCGGAAUUAUUCUAUUUGGAGCCAUUAUUCAGUAGCGAUUUGGGAGUUCACUAUUUCAUCUCCGGCCUAAUGAUUGUGACGAGCGCCAUAGGCUUCCUGAACAGCUGUAUCGUCAUGAACCGGAGCACAACCCUGAACACCAGUCGGAACAUUACGACUUGGUUGCUGCUAGAUUCACUGUUUGAGACAAGUCGGGUGGUGUAUGUGUUUGUGGCCGAGGUGGUGCUGAAAGGGAAGGGCCCGAUACAGUUGUAUGAUUUGCUGAUCAGCGCUGCGCAAUAUUUGCUGGAUAGCUUCCUCUACUGCCAAAUGAUACUCAGACACUAGUACACGUGGAAAACUCGUAGUUUUAAAUUAUUAAUCAAUAUAUAGCACUAUAUAGAUCCAAGAUUUAUAGCAUUUAGUGAAAAUCUUCCAAAGAAUAUUCUAGGCUACAUAGUUGAUUGUUUUGUCAAAAUUAUGAUCUUGAUAGUGUAAAAUACGGUAUUUUUCUAGAAGGAAGAUACAAUGAUAUUAUAAGCCAUGGUCGAGGAAUUUGAUUUGUGAGAAAUUGAAGUUAUUGUCAAAAAAAAGUUGCUUGUACAGGCAGACCAAGCUAACUAUGCAUGGCAUUUUCAAAAAUGAAAUGUGGCAAUGACAUCAUUGAUGUUAGAUUUCUAUGGAAAUAUAAUAUCCAUGAUGACACUCUCACACUUUGUUCUGUUCAAAGUCCGUGCAAUAGUACAUUAGGAUACAAGUGCGAAAAGUAGGAAAUUCGCAAUUCGCGCGUUUUAAAUCGACACGAGUUGCGAAUAACCUUUUCGCACGUGUAUUCUGCAACGUUUUACAGUACAUAUGGCCCUUUAAAUUUUUGACAUACGCACGUAGGUAUAGUGCUAGUUACCGCCCUAGUGCGGUAAAGUAGCACCAUUUGUACUGUAAAGUUAUUUUUAUAGGUGCCAGGAUUUGUGAAUAUCUGUGUUGUGUGUGUCACAUGUGCCUUUCCACUGAGACAGAGAUGAGACGUGCGCAAAAUCAACUAACAGCAUUGGUUGUUAUAAUCCAGCAAAGUAGAGAAUCUCCUCUCAUCUCCUCCUCGGUGGAAAGGCAGCCUAAUUGCAUCGUAUAUUUUAAACCAUCACAAAAUUAUAUAUAAUCAAAUACAUUCCUGUCCUGUGUGA